AUGGGGCUCCCGGCACUGCUGGCCAGUGCGCUCUGCACCUUCGUGCUACCGCUGCUGCUCUUCCUGGCCGCGAUCAAGCUCUGGGACCUCUACUGCAUGAGCAGCCGGGACCGCAGCUGCACCCUCCCCCUGCCCCCUGGGACUAUGGGCUUCCCCUUCUUUGGGGAAACCUUGCAGAUGGUGUUGCAGCGGAGGAAGUUCCUGCAGAUGAAACGCAGGAAAUACGGCUUCAUCUACAAGACGCAUCUGUUCGGGCGGCCCACGGUGCGAGUGAUGGGCGCGGACAACGUGCGGCGCAUCUUGCUCGGAGAACACCGGCUGGUGUCUGUCCACUGGCCGGCGUCGGUGCGCACUAUCCUGGGCUCUGGCUGCCUCUCCAACCUGCACGACUCCUCGCACAAGCAGCGCAAGAAGGUGAUUAUGCGGGCCUUCAGCCGCGAGGCGCUCCAGGGCUACGUGCCGGUGAUCACCGAAGAAGUGGGCAGUUGCCUGGGACGGUGGCUGAGCUGCGGCGAGCGCGGCCUGCUGGUCUACCCAGAGGUGAAGCGUCUCAUGUUCCGCAUCGCCAUGCGCAUCCUGCUGGGCUGCGAGCCCCGGCUGGCGGGCAGCGGGGACGCCGAGCAGCAGCUGGUGGAGGCCUUUGAGGAGAUGACCCGCAAUCUCUUCUCGCUGCCCAUCGACGUGCCCUUCAGCGGGCUGUACCGGGGCAUGAAGGCGCGGAACCUCAUUCACGCGCGGAUCGAAGAGAAUAUUCGCGCCAAGAUCUGCAGACUGCGGGAGGCAGAGGCGGGAGAGGGCUGCAAAGACGCGCUGCAGCUGUUGAUCGAGCACUCGUGGGACAGGGGAGAGCGGCUGGACAUGCAGGCACUAAAGCAAUCUUCAACCGAACUCCUCUUUGGAGGACACGAAACCACGGCCAGUGCAGCAACCUCUCUGAUCACUUACCUGGGGCUCUACCCACGUGUUCUUCAGAAAGUGCGAGAGGAGCUGAAUAGUAAGGGUUUACUUUGCAAGAGCAAUCAAGACAACAAGUUGGACAUGGAAAUUUUGGAACAACUUAAAUACAUUGGGUGUGUUAUUAAGGAGACUCUGCGACUGAAUCCCCCAGUUCCAGGAGGGUUUCGGGUUGCUCUUAAGACUUUUGAAUUAAAUGGAUACCAGAUUCCCAAGGGCUGGAAUGUUAUCUACAGUAUCUGUGAUACUCAUGCUGUGGCAGAUAUCUUCACCAACAAGGAAGAAUUUAAUCCUGACCGAUUUAUGCUCCCUCACCCGGAGGAUGCAUCCAGGUUCAGCUUCAUUCCAUUCGGAGGAGGCCUGAGAAGCUGUGUAGGCAAAGAGUUUGCAAAGAUUCUUCUCAAAAUAUUUACCGUGGAGCUGGCCAGGCAUUGUGACUGGCAGCUACUAAACGGACCUCCUACAAUGAAAACCAGUCCCACCGUGUACCCUGUGGAUAAUCUCCCUGCAAGAUUCACCCAUUUCCGGGGAGAAAUCUGA